AGUCCCCUUCCUCUGUCGCGCGCGAACAAACACGCCCUGUCGUCGUCAGAGCAGUGUUCCAUCCAUCUCGUCUGCAACAAAGUCUUCGCCAUCCAUAUCUCCAAGACGGCGCGCUAGGAAUAUGAACAACGAUAGCGCCCUAACACGAUGAUGAAUUCGCCUCAAUAGUGAGACAGCUCCAUCCGACGGACCUUAGCGCAGCCGCCGUCCCAGAAAAUCCCAAUGCCACCAACCACCUGUGGAAGUCGACACCUUCCAGGGACAGAAAGAGCAAUUGAUCGUCAGGCGCGGAGGAGGAGUAGGAACUUGGCCUUGCCUAGCUCGCGGACGAUUCUCCUUGCCGUACUCUCAGCAUCUCCAGCAGCAAUGGCGGCGUGCAUUCCAUUGCAAGGGUCGACAACUUGCUCGGCCUUCCAAUCGUCCUCCGUAUCAACCGACAGUUUUCUAGUCGGACUAUUUCCCUUCCUCAAGUUUGUGUCCGACACGACUACCUUCGACGAGCAACUCACAUCCUACGUGCAGACGAGUUACGUGCAGGAAAAAUUUCAAACCCUCCUAGGCUGUGAGGGCAUCAGUCUCACAAACACCAGCAACCUCUAUGCGCGCUUCACAACUACAGUAAUUUGUAAUGCUAUCAUCCAGAACUCGAUCGAGCCCUGUGGUCUGUCGGCAGGCGAGUCGCGGCCUGUCUGCGCAGAAACAUGUGCCCAAUUUGCCGAAAGCGAGGCAUAUGUUGUCGCUGACGAUGCAAUCUGCUUGAACCCGAGAAGCGAUUCGCUGCAGCAGAUCAUCCGGGCAGAUUUCACCAAUUGUGCUCUGCCAGCAAACUCACUAUCGAGCAACAACUGCAUUACAGGUAUCACCAACGAACCAGAGAACUGCGGCUACGGCAACAGCACGUUGGGAUUGUGCUCUUACUGCGCAUCGGGCGGUAUCAAUUCAACUGACACGUGCUGCUACAACUCGGACGCCGAGAACCGUUGCGUCGGUGUUGUCUUGCCCACAAUCACACCAAAUAUGACCUUUGUCACUCCGACGGCGUCUUCAACCUCGUCUCCGACAAGCAGUACCGCUGCUACCAGUGGCGGCCACCGUGGCUUGUCUGGAGGUGCUAUUGCAGGAAUAGUGGUCGGAUCUGUGGUUGGUGUUGCACUUCUUGUGGCUCUGGUGUUUGCAUGCAUAUUCCUGAGACGAAGGAGGCAUGGAAGUCAGAAUGGUAGCAUUUUCAACCAGCCCUCGCCUGCCAGGAGAGGGGCAUCUAUGGGUCAAGCUGGGCCAGCUCCGGCCGCCGCCGUCGCACCACAGGGCUACGAGGUUUUGCCCGGUGGCCGGAUUGCACGCAUGUCGGCAUUGGAAGGUCACUCGGGCGAUUCCCCGUCUCGCCAUGCCAAGGACGUUCCUGCUGCCGCCGUGGUCGGAGCCGCCGCUGGCUACGCCGCUGGAAGGAGGAGAGGGGACGAUCAUUCCUCGUCCGAUGGAUUCGGCGACAGCCCCGAGUCAGAUCGAGGCGCUGCUGGCGUGCUUAGGCCGCCACCUACAACACUCCGCAGGAACGGCUCUCUUUCGAGCAACUCUGCUCUCGGAGGUGAAGAUCCACAGUCCCCUACCAGUGCUGGCGGGAUGUCGUCGCCGCCGGGGAUGGCCAGCCAACAAUCGGAACAGCUGCCAUUUUUCAAGGACUACUACUCUCAGGAUGACAUCCAUCCCGGGGAACGCGUCGCAGUCUUGUGGGCGUAUCAGCCACGCGCGGCUGACGAGUUUGCUCUCGAUCGUGGCGAUAUGCUCAAGGUGGUUGGCAUCUGGGAUGAUGGGUGGGCCACUGGUGUCAUGACGGACGACCGCGCAGAAGAGUGGGAGGCUCGACGUCAAGCUCAGCGAGACAGUGGCGUCUCUAACACGUCUGGCAGGGGGCGCGACGUAUCGCCCCCGGUCAGUGGCGAGAUCAAGGCCUUCCCACUGGUGUGUGUCUGCCUUCCGGAGCAUUGGAGGAAAACGAUCGAGGGGGAUGGCUCGACAGAAACCGGAUCAAGUGCUCAUCAGUAUACGACCGGAUCUUGAAGCUGCCAAAGCGUCUGCGACCACGAUGUUCGAUCUAAACGUUGAAUAAUGUCUUGAUGAAGAUCUGGGGGCCUUUGAAUCUGCAUUGGCUGCGGCGUUCGGCAUCACGCAUCUUCCUUCCUCAGCCGUCCUGAAUUCAAAACGGCUAGCUUCCCUCUCCUCUACAG